AAGGGUGUGGUGUUGGUUGCCCGGGGAACGAUCUGAACUGGAUCCGCCCCAGGCCCCAGUAUAAAGACCCUGCAGAGAGAAGCAACAGGUCACAACUUGAGCUGAACGUCUUGCUGCUGCUGCAGCUCUGAGACGAUGUUUGCGACUAAAACCAAAGCUCUGGUGAAGGACAUCGGUGCUCAGAAUGAGCUGAUCCCCAACUGCAACCUGAGCAAAAAGAUGGAGGUUCUGACUCUGUUUCGGGUCCGAAAGGGAUUCUUCUUCCAGUACCCCACAUACAAGGUCAUGAACAUCACGCUGCCGGAGCUGCUGGGGGACCAGGACUUCUCCCCAGAGUUAGAGGAGGACAUCCUGGUGAAGGACUUCAAGACGUGGGUGGAGUCCAGCGGCAACUGCGAGGUGGACGGAGAACACGCAGCACUCGGUGAAGCCAACCUCUCUGCAGAAUACGACUCGGUGGACGGCCUGUCCGAGUCCGUCACCAUCAACAAAAAGAGAGUCAACCUUUUAUCUGUGUGGAAGAAGUUCAGCGGCAGGCCGAUCGGCGACACGACGCUGAAGGCGCUGAAUCUAAAGGAAAAAGACCUGCUGGCCUUCGUUUAUGAGACGGUUUAUAACUCUGGACCCGUGACCAUCAUCAAGGAGCACAAGAAGGAAGGCUGCUUCACCGCCAGCUUAAAAGAAAUGUUCAAAUCGAAUGUUAAGGGCAAGUGGAAGGAGGACACCACCUUCACUGUGCCGGAGAAGUCCAUCUUCGCCUUCAGCCUGGUGGAGGUGGUGCUGCAGGGCGGGGCGAUGGAAAUCGCUUUAGAAAGCUGGAGUCACAAGCGAAGAGGUCUGAGCCACGAUGCAGUGAACUCUGACCUGAUGGAACAAGCCAGAGAAGAGAUUAGGAUGAAGGACAAUGUUCUGCAGCCGCUGGAGGAACUUCCUGUGUCGACUCGCCGUGACCUGCUGAAAGGCCUCCAGGACGUUCUGGAGGAAGGAGAGGCGCUGAGUCUCCUGGAGGAAACGCUGGACCAGAGCAACAAAGGACAGCCAGAGCGUCCCCCGUCCAAGGUCGUUUCGUCCUUCAUGGACGUCUUGGAUGAGUCCAACGUGUCCUCCAAGGAGAGGGACGCUGUCCAUCUUCUGGUCUGCGCCAUGAACGGUCUGCCAGAGAUAAUGCUGCAACCUUUGACCUCCUGUAGUCCUGAAACUCUCACUGUCCUCAACCAACUGGUGGACAGUCUAAAGGACGGAGGUGAGCCCAGUCUCCCAGCGUGUCCCCCUGCCCCCCUGCAGCAGGACGGGGAGCUGCGCUGGGCGGCGGAUGUCCUCUGUGGGUCCAGUGAGACGCUGGAGGAGCUGAGUGCGGCGUGGGACCGGUUCCCCGAGGUUCUGCUGGAGGUUCUGGCUCUGGCCGUGUUGGGAGUCCACAGGCUGCAGAGUGAAGAGUGAAGAGCAUCGAUUCACCCUGAGGACAACCUGACCUUCACCUGCCCUACAAAAACACAACAUCUUGAUUUGUACAACCUGAAAUUAAAAUGCUACGCUCUUAA